AUGGAUUCCACAACCCAUAAGUUCUAUCAUGUACACGGAUUUGAUUCCAGAAUACUUCUGGAUCAUUAUUUGUCAGAUAAACCUGAAAUGGUCAUUGGAGAUGAUUCCUUGAUAUUUCCCAUUGAAAAUCUUACAAAAACUUUCACGGAAGGUCAUAUUAAUGGAGAUGUCCUGAUUGACCUCAGCACCGGUCCCCUGGUUCAUCACCUUUAUGCCGCCUGUGAGUUUUUCCAACACAUCAUAGUCCUGAAGGUCAGUGACAGAUGCAUCAUGGAGCUGAAGAGAUGGCUGGACUCACGGACAGGAGCAUUCGAUUGGGGACAUGCCACAAAACUUCAUGAGGAGAUACAAGGGAACAGUGACCAGUUUACGGACAAAGAAGGAAAAGUGAGAUCAACAAUUCCACAUGUUGUGAAAUGUGACCUUGAGAAGGAAAAUAUGACGGAUCCAAUAGUCUUACCACCAGCAGAUUGUAUAAUCAUUGGCUGGCUCCUUGAUAGUAUCUGUAAGGACCAAGACGAUUUUAGGAGAUAUCUCAGGAAGUUCUCAAAGUUUCUGAAACCUGGAGGACACCUUAUAUUGAUUGGGGCUUUAGAUACGACAUAUUACACAGUUGGGAAAGACAGGCUCCAUGCUUUCCCAUAUGAUGAGGAUUUUGCCAGGAAAGUUCUAGUUGGAGAAGGAUUUGUUAUAGAUAACUGUAAGGUUAAGAAGAGGACAAAUGUGAGUGACCUUACUGACUAUAAGGCCAUGAUAUUUAUUGCAGCUCACAAGGAAAAGUAA